AUGUCACUAUAGCCAAGGAACCCGGAACCUUGGUGGCCUGGGGGAGGGGAAAGAUGUUUCCCCGCCACCCCAACYCCCAUGUCUAUGGUGAGGUCCAUCGAGUUAGUGCUGCCCAAGGAUGCAGUGUACCUGGCUGGCUCCAACCUACAGGGGCAGGUGAUCCUCACCCUGAACAGCACCCUGGUGGACCCCGUGGUGAAGGUGGAGCUUGUGGGGAGGGGCUACGUCGAGUGGAACGAGGAGAUCGGGGCCUCCCGUGACUACAGCAGAGAGGUCAUCUGCAACAAUAAGGCCGACUACGUGCACAAGACGAAGACGUUCCCCGUGCAGGAUAAUUGGUUAAGUGCAGGCAGCCACACCUUUGACUUCCAUUUCAACUUACCUCCCAGGCUCCCCUCCACCUUCUCCAGCAAAACYGGCCACAUCUCCUACUUCAUCCAAGCCUCCUGCCUGGGCCGCGAGCACGUCCUGGCCAAGAAGAGGACCUACCUGUUGAUUCAAGGGACCUCGGACUUCCACCCAGAUCAGUCCUUCCAGGACCCCCUGUUUGUGCAGGCGGAGAAGAAGGUGUCCUACCGCUGCUGCCGGCGCGGCAGGGUGUGCCUGCAGGUUCGGAUGGACAGGAACACCUUCAUGCCGGGGGAGAAGGUGGUGUUCACCUCGGAGAUCCACAACCAGACCAGCAAGUGCCUCCGGACGGUGGUCUUCGCCCUCUAUGCCCACAUGCAGUACGAGGGCUUCACGCCCAUGGCCGAGCGGCGGUGGCGCGGGGACAGCCACGAGCUGCUGCGGCAGGAGGCCAACACYCAGAUCGCCGCCUUCAGCAGCACCACGGUGGUCAGCACCUUCAGCCUGCCCCUGGUGCUGUCCGUGAGCAGCGCCCUGCUGGACGACCAGAUCAUGCGGACCAGCUACGAGCUGGUGGUCACCGUGCACCUGCCCUGGUCUCUGGCCAGCGUCAAGGCCAAGGUGCCCAUCGUCAUCACCAGCAUGCCCGCCGAGUCCUCCAGCUGCCAGCUCUCCCUCGGCGGAGAGCCGGGUCCCGCCGGAUUACGUGCCCAGACUUCUAGAUAUUAAAGCUUAUCUGACUCUACCAGGCCUUGGUCCUGUUGUUUUCCUACUGGGGACGGAACCCAGGGUCACUUCACCUCUGCGCCAUAGUCCCUCCUUUCUUAUAUAUUUUAUUUAGAAACAGGUCUCACUGAAUUGCUGAGGCUGGCUUUGAACUCGUGAUCCUCCAGCCUCAGCCUCCGGGGCCGCUGGGAGGACAGGUGUGGCCACCAGGCCGYCACCAGUAGCCCUUUGUCUUGCAGGGUGACUCCUUGAUGGGUCCUGGCGGGACACGACCUUUGGCAACAGCCACCUCUCAAGAAAGAUCCUCVGAAC